AUGCUAAGCGUUGUGAUAAAUUCAUCAGAGAUUGUGAGGAUGAGUUCGCCACAGUGCAGACGUCUUUCCCUUUGUCGAGAUAGUGAGGAUGAGUUCGCCACAGUGGAGACGCCUUUCCCUUUGUCGGUGUACGUUGAGAGGAUAACCGAUAAGAUCAACAACUUCCUUGUAUUUGUGGAUCUACCUCAGUCCCUUGCACCGCCGUUGGUGGACGUCAAAAUCGGGGCCAUCGAAAUCGUCGUUGAUAACUGGGUCCGACAACCCAACCCUCAAACUUGGUCGCGGCCCGAAUCUGUACUCGACGAACCCCAGAAAUCGAGUCAGUGGCCCGAAUCGAUGUCCGCCAAGCUUGGUUGUUGUACCUCUCUCUGGUGA